CCGGCACUGUACCUUUCCCACACCAACUCUGGGACUGCUAGAUGCCGCCGCAUGCUUUCCCGUCCCCAAGGAUCUUGUUACGGCAGCGAAUUAAGUUACAGAUCUCAAGGGAAUAGGCCUUAGAGGCUAGAAAAAGCCUGCACUGAAGAUACUCAAGCAAAUAAGAAUCCCCAAAGGGCUUUUGCUUGGCUCCAGUUGUACUGCGCUCUUCAUCCAUUUUGGUCCCAAACAUUUGGUUUGGAGAAAGAUGCCUCUUCAGAAGACCCAUUGCUCCUGGUGGACUGGGAUAGUGCUACUGGAUAGGUUGCCAUUAGAAGGAAAAGGGCAGUGCUAGGCUGGGGAAAGCUUACCUGAAGAGAGAGAAGACCUUGGGAUCUCACCUGGACAUCCUCCAGAGAGCCCAAGAUUCCAUACCGAAAGCUACGGCCUCUUCCAGCAACCCCAGGAAGAGGCAGAGAGGAAGGUGGCAGGCGGCAUUGGUAAUGUCAGCCAAGAUGGAUGAAAUGAAGAAAAGUUCCCUCCGGCUGACCAGGGACAAACAACAGCCUAUAAAGACAGAGUGGAGCUCCCAAUAUGUCCUCUUCACUUACUUUCACGGGGACAUUAACAGCGUAGUUGAUGAGCAUUUUUCUAGAGCCUUGAGUAAUACUAAAAAGCCCAAAGAGCUGAGCACCCAGGACAGGAGUGAGGCCGCUAGCCCCACUAGUGACAAUCAAUUGCAUCCAGGUCAGUGGAGUUUCAACUCUCACUGCUCCAAGCCACACCAAGAAUUAUCUCCUGUCAACAACGGCCUGGCCAACUGCGCUUUGAACGUGUCCGUCGCCCAGGACUCAUCGCCACUGAUGGUUGCGAGCCCUUCUCCACAGCUUGGAGAGCUGUGGCAUUUAUCUUCUUCUGUAGCCAGCCCAAGUCCUGCUGAGCCUGGGUAUCCUCCCUCCUUCCCUAGUUUCCAUCUAAUGCCGGGAACUGAGCGUGAGAGGAAAUAUGGCUCCCUUCUAAAUCUCCUACAGCAAGAUGGGUGCCUGGUGGACCCCACGCCGCCAGCCAGGAAGCAAGCCAGACAUUCUCCCCUCGGCACUGGAGCCCCGAACAUGCACCCCACUGGGUCUCCCAGCCCUGAUGGUGGGAACAAAUCAGGUUCCUUCCAAAGCCUAGAAAAUACCAGCACCAAUCUUGGUAAUGAAAACAUAGAAACAAAUGCUGUUUCUCCACCCAAAUCUGACAGCCCAGGGUGUCCUGGUGAAGUUAAAGGGCUUAAAUGAGAAAAUGGGCCCUUGUCAGAGGCCGGUGCAUACUGCGGUGGGAUUUCAGCAUUUGCUUGGAGCCAAAAUUGCCAAAUGAGCUAUUGUUAUCAUGUUUUUCAGGAGUCUCCCUCCAGGUAGAAGACAAGAGUUGUCCUUUUAUCGACUGGAUACUUCAGUUCUGUCUUAGUGAAGAUAACUUUUUCCCAUAGAUACACAUGGGGAAAAAUAACAUAGAACUGUGCAUCCAGACGACCUAUAAAUCAUCAUGUUUUUCUUUCAUUUCUGCCAUUAA